UUGACUCCUGACCGCAAGAGUGAAUCUGGGAACCUUUCUGUUGGGGACAUUUUACCGGAGGGACCGGAAGAGAGGUGGACUCUUUCUGUCGCGAUGUGGGGAAUCCGCAAGCUAAGCUCCUCCAGCAGUCGUUCUUUAGGAGUGUUUAAAUCUAGGAGCCGGAGUCCACAGGCUGACUGUUCUCGCUCAAUCACGUCGGCGGUUUAUUUAGAGAAUCAGCUCAGUUGGACUCUACAAAUUAAACCAUGGGUUUUCAGUAAAUACAGAAUCAUGUGGUUAAAAUCCUUCAGAAUGACUUUUGCCUGCUUGAAUACAAUGAGAAGUUAUAGAUACCCUUGGACAAGACCGUACAGUACUUCUCGAACCACUGUAGACAGCAGGGAGGUAAAAACCUUCCUGACCCUGGCUCACAGGUGGUGGGAUGAGCAAGGAGCAUAUGCACCUCUUCAUUCUAUGAACGACUUGAGGGUGCCAUUUAUUAGAGACAAUCUUUUAAAAACAAUUGCUAAUCACCAGCCAGGAAAACCUUUGUUUGGGAUGAAGAUUCUUGAUGUUGGCUGUGGUGGUGGAUUGUUAACUGAACCUCUAGGGCGGCUUGGGGCUUCAGUUAUUGGAAUUGAUCCUGUGGAUGAGAACAUAAAGACAGCACAGCACCAUAAGUCGUUUGAUCCAGUCCUGGAUAAGAGGGUAGAGUACAGAGCGUGUUCCCUGGAAGAGAUUGUGGAAGAGACUGCAGAAACGUUUGAUGCUGUCGUAGCUUCUGAAGUUGUAGAACAUGUGCUUGACCUAGAAACAUUUAUACAGUGCUGCUGUCAAGUGUUAAAACCUGGUGGUUCUUUAUUCAUUACUACAAUCAACAAAACACAGCUAUCCUAUGCUUUGGGAAUUGUUUUUUCAGAGCAAAUUGCAGGUAUUGUACCCAAAGGUACUCAUACCUGGGAGAAGUUUGUUUCACCUGAAAAACUAGAAAGCAUUUUGGAAUCAAAUGGUCUGUCAGUUCAAACUGUGGUAGGAAUGAUCUACAAUCCCUUCUCAGGUCAUUGGCACUGGAGUGAAAAUACCAGCCUUAACUAUGCAGCCCAUGCUGUGAAACAGGAACACCUAGCGGAGGCUGAGUUUGUGUUAGAGGACACAGAAGAGCUCCAAGCUAAAGCCUCCAGCAGCCCAGCUGUGCAUGAAGAGCUGAAGAAAGGACUGUAGGAAUGUGGCUUGAAAGCCCAUGUGUACAGAUACAAAAAAUGUUCAAUUUAAUUAUUGAGAGAGGGUUAUGCAGAAAAGAAAGCCAAUAAAAGGUCUGAAAACUUUGGA